UGCUGCCAGCUGUUAGCUGAAGCCGGUUCCUGCAAAGCUGUGAGCCGCAGGGCCAACCCCAGGACGGUGGUGGGGGCUGUGAUCUGCUUCCAGCGGCUGCCAGCAGCUGGCAGGACUGAGCCUUUAAGGCAAGCCUGAACGAGGAGAGACAUUUUAACAUCUCAUUUGGGGACACUAGCAGAGAUGAGAACAACUCAAAGCACGUGUCUGCUUCAGUUUCAGAGCGAAUGGCCCCGCUGCGGCCUCUGCCCGCUGCCAGCAGCCCGGCUGGCACAGGACAGCCACCAUCCCCCGCAGGAAUCGAGCUGGUGCUUCCAGGGCUCAAGGGAACCUGUAGGGACGGCAGCGCUGCCUCCUGUGAGGCUUCCCCUCCAUCCUCUGGCGCAGGUGUGACCAGCCGCGCCUGGGCCGUGCUCCGGGACGGGACAGACGGGUCUGUGCCCUAAGGUGACGAGCCUCCUGGCGGCCCUGGAGCGCGGCCGCCCCGAAAGGGUUAUAAGGAGGGCUCCACCCUUCCUGUACGUCCGUGUCCUCCUGGGUGACCUUCCCGGCAGCCCUUGCUGGCUCUGCCCCAACCAAACAAAGACGACAGGAAGUUUUCAAACAGCAGCUUCCCUGAAAGUUGGCUGCGUUAUAGCUGGGCUGUGCUGGCACCUGGCUGGUCCCGGCCACCGGAGAACGCGGCAGCGAGUUGGUGCCGUCGCCUGAGAGGACCCCGGCAGCCGUUGGGAGUCCCUGUACAGGACAGUGUUGUCUCCAGACCCAAGGACAGGCUCUGCAGCACCAGCAAUUCGCACAUGGAGUUUCUACAGUUCUGCUUGUUGUGACCUUCUGGGCCACCAGGGAAACACAAUGGGGUCCUGCCAGCCUUGUGCGAUGAACCAUCCCUUGCCAGGACUCUCCUCGGGCUUCCUGAGACAUUGAGUUGCUGCUUGAGAUCCUGACUGCUUCUGAUUCCUCACUGCGCUGCUGGCAGGGUGGGAUUGAUAUCCAGUUUAGGACACUGGGCAGAGCCAAGCCCAUCACCAUCCUCUGUGCCCUUGGCAGACUGGGGGACCAAGCUGGACCCCUCACUCUAGAGGGGCUCCACGUGAGCAAGGGACAGGCUUGGGGCUGUCCAUAUUCACUCUGGUGGGAAGAGCCAACUCCUUCACCCUUUCCACCUGGAAACCGUGUAACUGCUGGGGAUGGCACCACAUGGAUGCAGAGCAAGGGCCAGCAGCCUGGCAGCAAGGCACUAGCUGAGCCUGAGCACCAUCACAGGGCAUAGAGCUGCCUGGGGGGGUGCCAGCAUCCCCAUCACAGACGCACUCCAGGGAUGUAGGUGCCGGGCACAGGAGGAGUCCUGGCAGCAAUGGGCCGGCUGGAUGACCAUGCCAAGAGGAGGAUUGUGGAGCUGCGCAGGGCUGGGCUGAGCUUCCGCAAGAUCAAGAAGGUGCUGGAGCUGGAUGACAUCCGGGUGACGCCGCAGGCUGUGUACCUCUUCCUCAAGAGGAAGAGUGUGGAGCCGGGGUCAACGGCAGCUGGCUGGGAUGGGGACCAGCCCUGGCCCCCGCUGCAGGGGCAUGAGGCUGAGCCCCCCAGGCUGCUGGGUACCCAGCACCCUGCACUGCUCACUGGGGAUACUGUGGGCAGCCGGGCACCCUGCUGUGCUGGCAGCCAGGACACCAAGGAAGGCAUCCAGAUUGUCAGUGUGGCCUCACUCUGCAAGGACGGUGGGCAGCUUGGGGACACUUUGGCUAUGGGGCUGGCCCCUGGGAAUGGUGAUGAUAGCUCCACAGGCACGGCCCUGGCUCCAGGGACUGCUCUGGGGGGCUUUGCCCCCCUGCCUCAGCCACUGCCCAGCCGAGGGCAGCUGGUCACACCCUCCAACCAGAACUCAGCCCUGAUGGUGAAAAAGAAGACAGUGGACAGGGCUAUCCUCCUGCAGAAAAAGGUCAAAGAUGCCAGCACUCAGACUGCCUUGCCAAACUCUGUGGGUCCAGAAAAUCACAGCCUUGCUUGGGGUAGACCAGUGCCCCCCACUGCUCCCAGCUGCCCUGCCAUCGCCGAGAAGCUGGAUGCUGUACAGAUGGAGGUGCAGAAGCUGAGCCAGGCCCUGCAUGCGGUGCUGGAGCGGCAGUGCUGCCUGGAACGCCAGCAGGAGCACCAGCAGCGGCUGCAGCAGGAGGUGCUGAUGACACUGCAGCAGCUCAGCUCCACCGUGAGCCACGGCGCUGUGCCAGCCACCCAGCCCUGUGGCCCCUUCAGCAGCAUGGCUGAGCCCUUGCCCACCAUGGCAAACUUCAGCCAGUUCAAGAUGGAGCUGAUCUGAGCUCCUGCAAGGCCUGUGUGCGCCAGCAGUGCCGUGCUAAUGAAACCGGGAGGAAGAACCAUCUCUCAGAGGCUGCUCAAGGGAUUACAAGCAGCACCCAGCAGAUAAGGUCCCUGGUGCCUCAUGGUCCCAGCCCUGCGGACUGGAAGGGGCUGCCUGGCACAAGAGGCUGGACAGUGGAAGGCUGAGGCCUUGCUCCUCCUGUUGCUGAUCCUGGCUGGCACUGGAGCUGGCUGGGGCCCAUGGACCUCAGCAGAAGGUGCAAGGAGAAGAUGCAGCUAAUGUGGACCCAACAGGGAGGUGGGACUCCAAGGAUACAGGAGGCUUCCUUCUCAUGAGGGUCAAUGCCAUGAUGAUCAAUCUUGCCCUCCCCUCCACAGAAUCUUGUUCAGUAAAAAUCUGUCUGCACCACAGUUCAGAACCAGUGUGUGAUGAGUAUCUACGUAUUCCCUACCCCACACUUGGCCAGUGAGCAGGCUGGAUCUGUCUCGGUCACUAUCACCAUGCAUGGAACUGCACAGGGUGCAGAAACUCAUGAGGUGAGACCAGCGUUCCACACAUGAUGUUGUUGGAGCUUGGUAUCAGCUGCUGCACCAUUAGGGAUAGAUCAGACUUGUAGGAAACAAUCUUUUACUGAGCAGAUUCCACCCUCCUCACCCCACAAACCCAGCAGAUCUGGAGUCUGGUAGUGCUGCUGCCCACUGUCUGGCAAGAUACGGGCAGGACCGUAUCAGUAAGAGUUGCACCUGGGCAGGAGCUGAUUAACUGGGUGUUCAGCUCUCCUCUAACCAAUUUUCCUGGGCAGGAAAAUUGGUUGUGAUCCCAGUUGCAAGGACUCUCCCUAGAGCAGGCUGCUGGAGGUGCAGAGCUGCUCUAGCAGAGCAGAUCAUGAUGCUGAGAACCCUCUUGCCUGGACCAGAAGGGCACAGGGGAGGCUGAUGGGCCCUCACUGAGCAGUGGAGUCCAGAAGGACCAGAGACUGGCCUUGUCUGCCAGGAGGAAAGGUCUGAUGGGGGUGGCCUUGGCUCAGCACCCAGUAGUGAGUCCUGAGAGGAGGCAGAGCACGUGUCCUUCCUCCACAUCAGCCGAGCAGGCUUCUGUCUGUGCGGGCACCGUGCUUGGCACAACCUGUGCCUUUGAGAAUUCCCCAGCCUGUUUCUGAGGUCUCUUUGAGUCCAAGGUCAAAAUUAAGAAGGGUAAAAACCAAUUGAGGUGUUUGUACACAGACACAUAUGGAGCUGUACACGCAUGCACAGAUGUAGAUGCAUGUGUCAGGUCUGUGCAGCAGCCCCAGUGCUUGAGGAGCUGGACACCCGCUCUGCUCCCCCAAGACACAUUGUGCCCAGGAGAACUAGAAGUCUGCUGCCAUCUGCCUGCAGUCAUUCAUUUCGAUGUUGGUGUAAUUUUGGGGAUAUCUGAAAAGCAACAGAUGAAGAAAAACCACAUGCUCUGCUCUUUUGCACAAGGCAGCUAAUCUGCACCUCAGGUUUGAAAAGAAGAGCCUGGAUGACCAGCACUCAGCAGUCACAGUUUCCUAAUGUCUCUGUUAACGUUUCAGAGAAAAAGAGGAGCAGAACAGCUGAUAUUCCCUGGCACAUGUUCUUAAAACCAUGCUGGUUUCUGAAAAAGCUUCUCUAAAUCUGACUUGGGCUAUUUCUUAAAUUAUUUUAAAAAUAUAUAUAUAUCUACCAAUAUA